UGAGUUACUAUGACUACACACAUACAAAUCGGAGUACUAAAUACUUUUAGUAUUUUACUCGCUUGUUUAAUAUUGACUAUCGGCACAUUGACCGUAAUGUGAUCGUAUUGUAGUAAAAAAAAAAAAAUUAUGCAGUUAAAAUUUGAUUCCUAAAAUUACAAUAUUAUUCUUCCUCGUGUGUUGUUUUAUUCUACUUUUUAUUUUCUGCUAAUACCAAAAGUGUAUCGCAAUGGAGGAUGGCGGGUGGAAAGGAGAGAACAUCAUAAAACACCACAUUGUAAAUGAACACUUCAAAAAAGUAUGGGAUGUGCCCCAAGCACUCAAAAAAGUGGUAGCGGAAUGAGUUUAAAAGAAAGUAGCGUGGAAACAUACAAGAAACUGGAACGUGACAUCAUCCGUGAAGAGCAAGCGGCACCAGCUCCGUCUUUAGGUCACGAGAUGGCUAAGUUGGAUCGAUUUGUUGCUGACAUAGAAAAUUUAAUGGGUCAAUUGAGUCAAGAACGUAUUGCAGAUAUUGAAGUUAUAUCUAGCGACAGGUUUUCCCAAAAAUACUUUAAUCCCAGGAUAAUGGAUGAAAGUAAUAAUGCUAUUCGUAAUGUAAUAACAGAGUUGAGAGUGAACAUGAAUCAUACCCUUGCUAUUGAACACGAAGAAUUUAUAGCUAAUCUGAACAGAAAAUCGUUAAAGCUCCACAAUUUAAAUUGGUUAAGCCAUAUGAGAGCAAGAAGUGAAGAAGAAAUUUCAAAACUCAGUGAAAAAGUACAACAUUUACAAAAACUAUAUGAAAGUCAAGAAUUAGUAAUUAGAGAGUUAUCAAAAAACAAACUCUCUAAUACUGAUCAGUUAGAGAGAGAGUUGGACAGAGUUCGUAGCUACCGCGAUACAUUGGUUAGUGGUGAACUAUCGUGGAAAGACGCCACAAUAUUUUCCCAAGAUGCAACUGAUUAUAGUCUUACAGCUUACGAAAGCUGGCAAUCGCUGAAAGAUGAAGUAGACGAAUCUUCAAGAUUUCGCCAAGCAUUGCGAACAAGAGAUUCAAUGCAUCAAGCGGCACUGUGCGUUCGAAUGGCGCAGACUAUGUUACCUGGCGUUCAGUUUCCAUAUUGCACAUCUAGAGAAAUAUUUGCUAUUUUACAGGUCAUUGAAUACUUAUUUACCGAUUUACAAGUACCUGAGAGGUACGGUCACGCAUUAGAAGUUUACAAAAGUUUCAAUAAAAGAGCAUCGGCGUUGACUAAUUGGCUCAAACAAACAACUGAUGAUACCAUUCACAAAGACGUAGAAGAAGUGGAUGAACGAAUUUCUGUGUUAACUGAUAAACUAAGUCAAGAAAGGACGUACUUAAGGACAGGGUUCCACGAGACCCACUCAAAACGGUUUGACACACCACCACAGCAACCUAUAACUAAAAAAUGGCUGAAUGAUUCAUUGGAUGUUAAAAGAGAAUAUAACAAUUUGUGCUCUAAAUUACAACUAUAAAUAUAAUUCAGUCAAUAUUUAAUAACUAUAUAAUUAUAAUGUAAAAAUCUAAAAACCUUUAAUGUUUAUGUUUUUUAGUCUUCAAUAAUAUAAAUCUUUA